GCCCGGAAGGCAGUUGGACGCUGGACGCCGGGCCGGCUGCGAUCCUCCCGCCGCCCCGAGAUGGGGGCUUGGGCCCUGCUCCUGGGGGCUGGGGCCCUGCUGCUGCUGCUCCCGGGCGGCGCCGAGGCGCAGGCCUGCUCCGUGAGCACGAACGUCGUGGAAGUCGAGGAGAACAAGAACUAUACCCAGCCCCUGGUGGACAUCUUCCUCCCCGAGGGCCAGCAGGUGACCCUCGCGCCCUCGUCCACCCCCUUCGCGUUCCGCAUCGAGGGGACCCAGCUGUUUCUCAACGUGACUCCCGACUACGAGGAGAACUCGGUGCUGGAGGCCCACCUGGAGUGCCGACGAGGGGGCACUGUGGUGACCCAGCAGAAGGUGCUCGUCAUUGUGCUGGACGUCAAUGACAACCCGCCCAGGUUCCCCUUCGAGGUCAAGGUCCAGAAGGUGCCCGAGGACACCAAAGUGAACACCACUGUCAUCCCGGAGACGGAGCUGCAGGCCGAGGACCUGGACAAAGAUGACAUCCUGUUCUACACCCUGCAGGAAGUGACCCCGGGUGCCAGGGACUUGUUCUCCUUGGUGGGUGUGAACCUGCCCGCCCUGCGGCUGGACCGGCCCCUGGACUUCGACCAACACCAGAACAUGACCUUCCGGCUGCUGGUCCGGGACACUCAGGAGGAGGAUGUGGUGCCUAGCCACACGGCCACGGCCACGCUGGUCCUGGAGGUGCAGCCCGCCGACCUGCAGCCCCCCUGGUUCCUGCCUUGUGUCUACGAAGAGCCUCACUUCUGCCUCCCGGCCCAGUACCGAGGGGCCAUCCCCACAGGCCACAGACUGCCGUCCCCCCUCAUCCUGUGGCCUGGGCCCAUCUAUGCCGUGGACGGGGACCGGGGCAUCAACCAGCGCAUCAUCUACAGCCUCGUGAGACGGCAGGGGAACGAGGACGACACUUUCGCCAUCGGCGCCGAAUCGGGCAACCUUACCAUGACCAAGAACGUCUCCAGCCCCCAGACCUUCCUUCUGCUGGUCAAGGGCGAGCAGGAGGACCGCGCCCGCUACUCGAUGACCCAGGUCACCGUGGAGGCCCGGGACGCCUCGGGGAGCCUGCCUCGCUUCCCUCAGAGCCUGUACCGCGGCACCGUGGCUGUGGGCUCCGGUGUGGGCACGGCGGUCAAGGACGCAGCCGCCCCCUCCCAGCCUCUGAGGAUCUGGGCCCAGGACCCCGAGUUCCCAGACCUCAACUCAGCCAUCACCUACCGAGUCACCAACAACUCCAACUUCCGAAUGCACGGGGAGGAGGUGCUGACGGCCGCCCAGCUGCUGCAGGCCGGGGUCUUCUACGCAGAGGUGGAGGCCACCAACACGGUGACGUCAGGCAGGGCGGCCACCGUCCUGGAGAUCCAAGUCACCGAGCAGCCACCCACCCCCACAGGCCCCCCAGGCUCCCCCACACCCCCAGGGACUGGAAGAACAACCCGGCCCACAGGCAGCUCUACUUCAGAAGCCCCCAGCCCCACCGGGCCUUCCCAGGGACCCUCCACGACCGUCGCUGGGGGGACUGCUGGCCCGCGCCCCCCCACGCCUUCCCAGGGACCCUCCACGACCGUCGCUGGGGGGUCCCCUGGCCCACGUCCCCCCACAAACAGCUCCACUUCAGAAUCCCCCAGGCCCCCCGGGCCUUCCCAGGGACCCUCCACGACCGUCGCUGGGGGGUCCCCUGGCCCACGUCCCCCCACAAACAGCUCCACUUCAGAAUCCCCCAGGCCCCCCGGGCCUUCUCAGGGACCCUCCACGACCGUCUCUGGGGGGUCCCCUGGCUCACACCCCCCCACAGGCACAACCCUGAGGCCACCCACCUGGUCCACACCUGGGGGGCCCUCCGGUGAGGGAACCAGCACCUCCCCCUCAUCAGCCUCGCCCAUUGGGAACUCAACACAGACCCCGAACCCAGGCUCCCCUGGGACUGGAGGAGGUACUGGCGGGGUCCCUCCGGGUGGCAGCCACGCGGAUGACCGGCGCUUCUCUGUGACGGAGAUGGCGGCCCUGGGCGGGGUGCUGGGCGCGCUGCUGCUGCUGGCCAUCAUCGCGCUGGUGGUCCUGGUCCACAAGCACUACGGCCCCCAGCUGCGGUGCUGCUCCAGCAAGGCGCCGGAGCUCCAGGGCUUUGACAACAAGACCUUCCUCGCGGACGACGGAGAGGCCAACUGGGCGCCCGCCCCCAGCACCCCGCCCACCCACACCCAGGCUGAGGUCCCGGCGGAAGUGUCGGCCGAGCCUCUGACGCCCGAGCCGCCCGCGCCCCCAUUGCCCACGCUGCCCGCCCCUGCGUCCCCCAGCCCCAUCCCCGAGUCCCCUGCGGUUGCCCGGGACGAGGGCGGACCCGCGGGCGUGCGGUCCAUCCUGACCAAGGAGCGGCGGCCGGAGGGCGGCUACAAGGCCGUGUGGUUCGGCGAGAACAUCGGGGCGGAAGCCGACGUGGUGGUGCUGAACGCGCCCACCUCGGAUGCGGACCGGGCCAGCCACUCGGGCAGCGAGGGUAGCGGCGACGAAGGCGACGGAGCCUCGUACCUGGGCGACCCCCCCUACACGUCCACCCACGACUCCACCUACAUCUAGCGCCCCCCAGCGGAGCAGGAACCCGGCAGCCGCGCCGCCCCCAACCCUUUCUCCCCACCCCCGCCCCGCGCAGCGCAGAAUAAAGUGAC